ACGACAACACCUGCCUCGGCGCCUCUCCGCCCUUGCGUUGUGCGUGGAUCUCCAAUCGUGCCGUGACAUCGCCCCCGCCGGAAGUGAGCCCAGGUCAGAGCGUGUUGGGCCCACACCGCCUUGUGCUGUUUGGGGCAUCGUUGUCUUGAUCGCGGCCGGGUUGCACGGCUAAAAUCAUAUCCUGAUCCCCAUACUUGUUGGUGUCGCAUCUCCGGGCUGAUCCCUGCCUUCUAUUUCGGGGCAGGCGGUGGCAAGACCGAGGGCUCGUGCGUCCCCAGCCCGCCAUACACCCCCGUCCCUAAUACACCCCCCGCAGGCAUCGGAAACGCGCGCCAGCUAGGAUUCCCAGGAACCACGAUCGCACCGCCUCUCACGUCUGAAACAAGAUCGACUGCCGCGUCGUACGACCCUUUCCACACGACCCCCAGACAUGAUUCCAGGCGACUACUCAAACCUCUUCUUCUCCGGCCUGCGCGUCAUGGCCCACACCCGCCGCCGAGUGCCCUCCAUCCCGAGCGCACCGAGCGCAUCGAGCUUGAGCUCGAUCCCGUCCUCGCCAGAGACAGAUCCCGCGAGCAGCUCGUUCAGGGUGCGCGCCCUCAAGUCGCUCUUCCAGUCGAUGCGCCGCACGCCGAGCAAGGCGCCCACCAGUACCCACGGCCCCGGCGCGGCGGAGCCCAGCCUGCACGAGAAAAAGGCAGCGCGGCGGCGCACGCUGCCCGCAGCGACUGCCGCGCCCGCGGACGUGUUCAGCGUCUGGAUCGGGGAGAAGAGCCCGCUCGCGCAGGGCUCGACCGCGGCGGUCCUGCACACCCAUAUCGAGGAAGAGGACCCCCGGCCAAAGACGGGCGCCCUGGACCCGUCCUCGCCUUCUCGCUCGUUCGUGAUCACGCUCACGGAGCAGCACCCCCCUAUCCCCGCCCUUGCCAAAGACGACGACUUCCUCUCCUUCUCUGCGUCCUCGACGCACGACUCGCCGCGCCGCCUGCGCGAGCGCCCGGUGUCGCUGCCCGUGCCGAUCUGCCUGCCGUCGCACCCGUACCGCAUGAGCGAGCACAAGUACUCGGACAGCACCGACUCGGCGGACGCGAUCUCCUGCGAGCUCGCCAACACGGACGACUGGCGCCAGUUCCACGUGGAGUGGAUCGGGCGCGAGAUGGUGCCCCUCGCGUGAGCGCGGGCGGGAGCGAGCGAGUGCUAGUGCGAGACGCGGAGACGCACCGGGAGGAGGCGGCAGAGGAGGAGGCGCCCAGGGUCGCGCCGAUUGGGUGUGAGACGGAGCGGGGAUCAGGCUUGCAUCAUGAUACUGGUGAAGAUGGCUGAUCAGCAGAGACGCGGGCUCUGCGAGUGAUCUCUACAUACACACUUAUUUUCUGGGUGGAUCCGCCCGCGGACACGGACUGCUAUGCUGUACGAUCAUCAUAUCAGGCUUCAUUUCACGGCUGCAAUCUUUGAUAGCUCCAUCGCCAUUACUCACUUACGCCCGCGAUCCGUCCUGUUUACUUAUUACAUGUACGUCUAGACUUAUAUAUGACAGACGGUAGCCGUACUUUGUAUUUUUUUUUUCCGUAAUAUGAAAAUCGUGCUGGAUCCGAUUC